AUGCAAGGUGUAUUGGAUGGACCCCCGAUACUGCAGUGUUUAUCGUUUUGGGGUCACGCAAUUCACACUGCUCAAGAUGUAGUCCAAUUGACAACAGUGGCAAUGGAACUUGUAAAGAAGCUUUUGUCUGUGG